CUCCGAUAAGCGAUAAGCCUACUGGCAAGCUUGCAGUCCACUACAGCCACCGCCUUGCCCUCUUCUUCGUCAUUUCUACGAGCCUCACGGUCGAGCACAAAAAUGUCUUCAGACGAGAUUGUAUGGCAGGUCAUCAAUCAGCAAUUCUGCUCGUUCAAGUUAAAACUCACCACCAAAGAACAAAACUUCUGCCGCAAUGAACAUAAUCUAACUGGAUUCUGCAACCGGCAAUCAUGCCCCUUGGCCAAUUCGCGAUAUGCCACUGUCCGACCAGACCCUGAGACUGGCGCUCUAUGCCUCUUCAUCAAAAGCCCCGAACGUGCACACCUGCCAUCGAAAUGGUGGGAGAAGAUCCGACUGCCGAACAACUACGAAAAGGCAUUGGCAUCAAUCGACGAGAAACUGAUUUAUUGGCCGAAGUUCUACAUUCACAAAUGCAAGCAGAGGUUGACCAGGUUGACACAAGUGGCCAUCAGAGAGAGGAGGAUCGCAAAAGAGGAAGACAGACUCGGCGAGAGGCUUGUGCCGAAGCUUGCACCCAAGAUUCGCCGUCGAGAAGAGACGAGGGAGAGGAAAGCAGAGAGUGCAGCCAAGGUUGAAAGAGCCAUUGAAAGAGAACUGAUUGAACGUUUAAGGAGUGGUGCAUACGGAGACAGACCAAUCAAUGUGGAGGAGAAUGUGUGGAAGAAGGUUCUGAGAGGCCUGGAAAGGGCCGAAAAGGGAGAAGAAGAGGAUAUUGAGGAGGUGGAAGAAGAAGUAGAGGGCGAAGGCGAGGUCGAGUAUGUUUCCGAUCUCGAAGAAAGCGAAAAUGAGGAAGAGCGCGAGAUGGAGGACUUCGACGACUGGUUUGGUGGUGAAAGCCCCGAUGAAGACGAACUGUCCGAAGUCUCUAGCAGUGGAGAAGGCUCAGAUGAUAGCGAGGAGCCCAGCGAAGAUGAGGAUGAAGAUGCCGCUGGCGCAGGAAAGAAGAGGAAACGGACAGCACCACCUCCGAAACAACCCAAGAAACGCGGCCGGGUUGAAAUCGAAUAUGAGACGGAACUGCCACAGAAGCAAGCCGUCUACGCUUGAAAUUUGGAAUGUCUGGAACGAUAUUCAUGAUGAUGACUUCCGCACAGCCUGGAGUGACAUUUACUGUUCAUCAAGUUCUGUGUUUAUGGCCAGGGGUCCAGGAGAAUAUAGUUUGCAAGAACGAAAAUGCAUUUCUGCCUGGAAGUCAGACCAGGUCACCGAAACCGUCCCUUGCCUGUCAGCUGAAAAUUUGC